GCUGUCAUGCUCUGUGAGCCUACAGGCAUCUGAAGUUGCAAAAUUGCCAAUGUUGAAGAAUAUGAAUCAUUAAAGCGGAAUUAAUCACCUCUGGGCAGUGCUACAUGCAGAAGGAUGGGUUUGCUUCAUCAGGUCGUGAGCCAUCGGAAAUGAAAGACUGUGUAAUGUCACCUGUCUGCUUUAUGGACGCAUUCCACAUCGUACUCUGGAGACUUUGACCCUAAAAGUGCCUGAGAAAGCUGCCUGUUGGGGUGUCCAUUUCCUUUCCUUCCUAAAAACAAACCACAUUUUCAUUUUGUAAAAAUGGGCCCUUUUAUGUCUCCUUUCAAUAAUCUGCUAUGCAUGCUGUUGGGCAUCUCUUUCACUGUCUGGUUCACGCUGCUCUUGGUCUUCAUCAUCGUUCCCGCCAUUUUCGGUCUGUCUUUUGGUAUCCGCAGACUCUACAUGAAGACGCUGCUCAAGGUGUUUGAGUGGGCCACAGUGAGGAUGGAAAGAGGAGCCAAGGAGAAAAACCAUCUUUUGUACAAGCCUUACAGUCUUAAUAGCAUUAUUGCUAAAGAACCUACAUCACUUGAAGACGAGCUCAAAGAGAUUCGGCGGAACUGCAGCAGCCGAGAGUUGGAUGGCUCCGCCUCCACCACCACAAGCCCCUCCCCUUCCUCGUCAGAGUUUGAAAUGUCGGACACCUUCUACUUUUGCCGCCGUGGCAUUGAAAGCAUCGUAGAUGAUGAGGUUACCAAGUGUUUCACGGCAGAGGAGCUUGAGUCGUGGAACUUGCUGACCAGGAGCAACAAUAACUUCAAUCACAUUAGCACCAGUCUGACAGUGCUGUGGGGUCUCGGUGUUGUCAUCCGUUAUGGGUUCCUGCUGCCCCUCAGGUUAACAUUAGCAAUCACAGGAGUGAGCCUAUUGGUUGUCUUCACUGCCAUGAUUGGUUUUCUGAGCAUGUUGUUUGAAUUUUUACAUAAAAACUCACAUUGCUCUGCUUCUCCUGCAACUAUUUACACCCUCUGCUCACAAACUCCUCUCUUUGUCUUUCUCUGGGACAGUGAAAACAAACCCAAGAAUGGAGGCAUCUGUGUCGCCAACCACACGUCACCCAUUGACGUCAUUAUACUAGCCAGUGACGGAUGCUAUGCAAUGGUGGGUCAGAUCCAUGGGGGCCUGAUGGGGCUCAUUCAGAGGUCUAUGGUGAAAGCUUGUCCACACAUUUGGUUCGAGCGCUCAGAAGUCAAAGAUCGCCAUCUAGUGGCUAAAAGGUUGAGCGAUCACGUAAAAGACAAAAGCAAACUGCCCAUCCUCAUAUUCCCCGAAGGUACCUGCAUUAAUAACACAUCAGUCAUGAUGUUCAAGAAAGGAAGCUUUGAAAUUGGCUCAACCGUCUACCCUGUCGCCAUAAAGUAUGACCCUCGGUUUGGGGAAGCCUUCUGGAACAGCAGUAAGUUUGGGAUGGUGAAUUAUCUGCUCAGGAUGAUGAGUAGCUGGGCCAUCGUCUGCAGCGUGUGGUACCUGCCUCCGAUGAGCCGUCAGGAAGGUGAGGAUGCAGUGCAGUUUGCUAACAGAGUAAAGGCAGCCAUUGCCAGACAGGGUGGUCUAGUGGACCUGCUGUGGGAUGGUGGGUUGAAACGAGGGAAAGUGAAAGACACUUUCAAAGAGGAGCAACAAAAACUGUACAGCAAGAUUUUGGUUGGAACGCAAGAGGUCCGCAGUCGUUCUUGAGGAGAGGAGAUGAAUCAGGUGAGGACCUGGAGGGGCAAGAGAGGGCUCAGAGACAUGGACAACGACGUUAUGCUUUUGUUUUACACCCAAUAACAAGAACUGUCCUUGUUUAAUUGUUCGUCUUUGUGAAAAAGACCAAAGUGUGUCCAGUGUUAGGUCAGAUCGUGAUCAAAACACCAUGAGAUGCGUUUUGAUGCGUAAUGGUACUUUUACUGAAGUCAAUGUAGCGUGAUUCAGUCCAUAGUGGCCGGGUCACUCAUGAGGAGUCAUAAGGACGCAAUGCAGCAGUUUAAUGGUUUCUCUCUCUUUUUGUUCAUUUCUUGAUUCGUUUUUUUCCUUUUAUUAUCAUUUGCUCUUAACGUGUCAUUAGGACGUGGUAAACUAUUACAUUUGAUGGCCAUGUAUGGUUGAAGGAAACGCCUCAUCAGGCUGCACGUAGGUGUCCGAGAGCAUUUCUAUCUCUCUGCUAUACUUCUGCUGCGUGAGUCACUUUAAUCCUGGAUUUUAACAGGAGAAAACAGUGGAAAUAUUCAUGGAAAACCUGCAAUUUAAGGUUAGCCUGACCUUUGCAGAUGAAUAGUCUGCAUUGACCUUUCAAAAUACCUCUGGAUAAACAAUCAAACCUGUGUGAAGGGUUUGAGAAGAGUUAGUUAUAUAUUGUUAGUUGUUGUUUUUUUUCUCGUCCUUGUGUGAAAGAUCCAGAACUUUUCCAUUCACAUCUGGGAGUCAAAUCAUGAGAGUCUUAAUGACAUUGGCCAAGUGACGGUCAAUUGAAAACUCUAUGAACUAUUCUUCAGGUACUGCACUCAUUCAAAUUAAAACAAUUGUUUGUGAUGUUUUAAACAACACUAUGCAGCAUGUACUGUAAAUAUGCAACCAGUGUUUCCUACAGGACUUUUUUUUUUCAGAUCAAUCAACCCUAGAACAUGUUAAACAAUAACAUAUUUUUUCAACACAUCAAUAAUUUUUUUCAAUAUAAUAAUUAUUUUCAAGUAAAAUACAUUUUAUUACAACAAAACUCUAAAAUUCUGUUGCAAAUUUAUGUCUUCAAAACCCAGUUAUCAGUUCUGGGCUCAUUUUGAGUUCAUUGAGCGAGCGAGUAAUCGGAUUCGAUUGAAUAAGCUGUCUGAUGAUUUAUCUGUUCAGACCAAUGCAUAAAAAACUGCAGACAGGCUGAAUGUCAGAACAGAA